UGUUGACACAAAGCAACCGAUCGAGCAGUACAUGUAAUUUACAUAUGAAAGGUAUUUUGGCCUAUUGUGACGGCAAGUGGGACGAGAGGCACAUUUAAAACAUAUACUGAAGGAAUAUACCGUUAUGAUGUACUGACAUUCGGUUUCGUCUCUCUGACCCAGGUAAAUUGAAACACAGAAUGGGGUAGAAGAAACAUGUUAUGCCGGGAGAAAAUGACUCUACACCCAUGAGGCCAUAAAUGUAUCUAUUUAUCUAUCAUCAUGGCCAAAACACCUCGCAGCAGUAAGGUUCUGCCACAAAACAUGGCAGUUCCCAUUUCAAAUAUCCAGGAAAAUGGCAAUGUCUUCCUAGUUGGAAACAAAAAUGGUGACAUCAAAAUGACUUCCCCUGGCAGCUCGAGGCCAGGAACAGCCAAUUCAGGCACACGCAAAUCAGCCUGGGAUCGAGCACGGGAGAAGUACAAGGAGCAACAGGAACAAGUGAAACAUUUGUCGAAGGUGACGCCAAUCGUUGGGGACGACAGCGUAACUAGCAAACAGCACCUCGACCUCACAACUAUCGCCAGUGUUUUCAAAUCAAAAAGAUUCAAAGACAUCCAACUAGAAUGGUUGUUUCAGAGAUAUUUCUUCAAAUUAAAUCAGACGAACUUAUCAAUAUUAAUGGCCCUUUUCUGUGUAACAUGUGUCCUGUCUAUAAUUUCUUACUACAUAGGUGGCGCCACAUUACCGGCAAGGGGUGUUAACCUUGGGAUUGCUCUUGUAACGUUUGUAGUGCUGGAGAUUGUGUGUAACCGGGGGACGUUUUUUCAGCAGCAGAUGGUUGUGAUUUGCUAUAUAACCCUAGUGUUGCUUUGUGAGUUUGUAGUCCUUAUGUGCCUAGACACGGAUCCUUCGUCUGCCACCGAUUCCGCGUGGAGCACUGUCAUCUUUAUCUACAUGCUUUACACACUUCUGCCAAUCAGAAUGAGGCUGGCUGUCAUCAGCGGAAUGGGAAUGUCUGUGCUGCAGAUUGUCUGCUCAAUAGGGAAAAAUUACUCCGAUGUCUUUCUGUGGAAACAGGUUGUUGCCAACUCAUUUUUAUUCAUUUGUGCAAACAUAGCGGGGAUCUUUACACAUUAUCCUACAGAGGUGGCCCAGCGUCAGGCUUUCCUGGAAACACGCAAAUGUAUCGAGGCCAGACUGACAACGCAACGGGAAAACCAGGAACAGGAACGGCUUCUGCUCUCGGUAUUGCCCCGCCAUGUUGCCAUGGAGAUGAAAGCAGAUAUUGCAGGAAAACCCAAAGAUACUAUGUUCCACAAAAUCUACAUUCAGCGCCAUGAGAACGUAAGUAUCCUGUUUGCGGACAUGUGUGGGUUUACCCAGCUAUCGUCCCAGUGUACGGCGCAGGAACUUGUCCAGUUACUCAAUGAACUGUUUGCACGAUUUGACCGCCUGGCUGCGGACAAUCACUGUCUACGAAUCAAGAUCCUGGGUGAUUGUUACUACUGCGUCAGUGGACUGCCCGAUCCCCGUCCUGACCACGCUCACUGCUGUGUGGAGAUGGGGCUCGACAUGAUACAGGCCAUCUCAUUAGUUAGAGAUGUGACUGGGGCAGAUGUUAACAUGAGGGUCGGAAUCCACAGUGGGCGUGUCCACUGUGGGGUCCUGGGACUCAGAAAGUGGCAGUUUGAUGUCUGGUCCAACGAUGUCACCCUGGCCAACACAAUGGAGGCAGGCGGUGUUCCUGGUUUGGUGCACAUAACGGAGGAAACAUUGGGGUUCCUGAAUGAGUGUUACGAUGUGGAGCCUGGCAAUGGUGGGGAGAGGAAUACUUAUCUCCGUGACAACAAAAUCACCACUUACCUUAUCCGCGGGGAACAACAGCGGAUAAAGGAAAAGCCGAAAAUUUCCCCGAAGAAAUCUGCUAGGGGAAGACCACCUCAGGGAGGAGGGAAAAGUGCUGCAGCCAAGAGAAUGGGUUUUGAUGAUGAUCCUAAUGCCAAUAUUCAUCAAAAACUAGGGUUCGGAGAUCACUUUGAGUCCAAGAACCCAGAAGAUGAGGUUAACGAGUACUUAGGUCGUGCUAUUGAUGCCAGAAGUAUAGACAAGCUUCGCUCAGACCAUGUCACAGCAUUCUUCCUUACAUUUCGCAAGAAAGACCUGGAGGAAAAGUAUUCUAAGGUGCGGGACACCAUGUUCACCUCUCACCUUGGCUGUACACUCCUGAUGCUGAUGUGUAUUGCUGUCAUUCAGCUUGUCAUCUUACCUCAAUCAACAAUUCUAGCAAUAUUUUUCCCAUCGUGUUUCAUCAUUGUCAUUGUUUUGUUCCUGUUAGUCCUCUCCGAGUCAUCCCAGUACACGCCCAAAGGACUGCGGUCAGCCGCCACUAAGAUUGCGGUCAAUAAAUGGCUCAACCAGCUAGUGGCCAUGCUGGCUGUCUCUGUUCUCUUUGUGGCAUCCAUUUUCGCCAUGUUUUUCCUUGGAACCACUAGUUACAUUGAAUGUCUUUCAUCAUAUUAUGGGAUAUCCCAAUCCAACUUCACGAUAAGCUUGGUGCACUUGGCAAAUAUCACCCGGGUUACUGAAACCAAUAUUUGCCACCAAUCAGACGCGACGACACAUUUCCCUGAACACUUUACCUUCUGUGUUAUGCUGGCUAUGAUUGGCUGUGCGGUGUAUGUACAAGCCAGCAGUGUGUUCAAGUUAGUUGUUCUGCUUAUCAUGUUGUUUGGAUACUGUAUUAUUGUGGAGGUAUUCUUCGUCAAUUUAUACGACAAUCGGGACUUACUGUUGGUUGCAGAGAGUGGUAAAGAGCUCCGUGACCCAGUUUCAUUUAUCCCUCUCAAGUGGGAAACUGUAGCUGUACUCGUGGUGCUAGUGGGGAUACUUUUUGUACAGACACAACAGGUUGAGUCCACCUCCAGACUGGACUUCCUCUGGAAAGUACAGGCGACGGAUGAGAAGGAGGAGAUGGAAAGUCUGCGAGCCUAUAACAAGAGGCUUGUCACAAACAUCCUGCCAAUUAAUGUAGCUGAACACUUCAUGAAAAACACUUACAAGAAGGAUGAGGACCUGUACUACCUGGAUUCGGAGAACUCGGGGGUCAUGUUUGCCUCCAUCACUAACUUUUCCGAGUUCUACAUGGAGCUGGAGGGAAACAAUGAGGGAGUGGAAUGUCUCCGUCUCCUCAACGAAAUCAUUGCUGACUUUGAUGAGGUACUUGGGGAUGAGAAAUUUGGAUGUAUUGAGAAGAUUAAAACAAUUGGGUCUACCUAUAUGGCUGCAUCAGGACUGACCCCACAGACCAACUUCUCGGACAUGAGUCAUGUUGUUGCCCUCGCUGAAUAUGCCUUCGCCAUCCAAGCACAACUGCAAUACGUCAACGAGCAUUCCUUCAACAACUUCAAAAUCAGAAUAGGGAUGAAUGUGGGGCCUGUCGUCAGUGGAGUAAUUGGAGCCCGCAAGCCUCACUAUGACAUCUGGGGGAACAGCGUGAAUGUGGCAAGUCGUAUGGACAGUACCGGACUACCCAACAGUAUACAGGUGACACAAGACAUGCAUAACAUCCUAUCUGUCCGGGGGUACGAGCUCAAGUGCCGCGGCAUCGUCAAGGUCAAGGGCAAAGGAGAUAUGACCACUUAUUUCCUGACCGGACGUCCAGAUGGCAAAAGUCACAUGGUCAUGCAGACAUAAUGUGGUUGUUCAGAGCAAGAUGUGGCAGUUUAAUCAAAUUAUGUGCAAAGUGCUUUGGAUUUACCUGACAGGUUACUGCAGAUUUUUUAUGGUGAACCUCCGUGUUGUUUACAGGUGCAGAGUGUUCAUAGCCUGUGCAAUAGUUUUGACUCAUUUGACUUGUACAUUCAAAGGGAAGCAACUCUGGUCUUGAAAUAAAAAGUGACUGAAGUUCUAGUGAACCAGGUCGUAGAGUCAAGGGAGACAACUGGUGGAAUGAUCUCAUUCAUCCAGAUUAUAUUUUUAUGUAAAACUGUUCAACUUUUGUACAAAUUUUUAUGAGUAUGAUUGUGAGUACUUUAGUUCUAGAUCAGUGCCAUUACAGUUAAGUCACAUUUAUAAAUACAUUGAUAAAAAAAUGAAAAAUUAGGUAAAGAGUUUGCUUUAGAAAAAAACAAAGAAAAAUACUUUCAAAUCAGGAUAUUACUGAAAAGUAAUUAAUGCAAAUUUGUCAUCAAGGAUCCCACUGCACUGUUACUUUUUUAUGGCAUAUAGCUAUUAGCAAUAUGACUAUAGCUUAUCAUUUCUGUAAAGAAAGCAAUACUUUGAAGAACUUUUUUUUUUAAUUUUCAUUAAAUAGACUAAAUGAAACAUCAACAGUGUUCUGAGUGCAAAACUGCAAUGGGGCCAGUCAUAUCCCAACCCUGGACCUCCAAACCAUAAUAGUAUGUCUCGAGCCAACUGAGCUCCUUAACUUAGUUAAUGGUAGAAACAGUGAUGAUGGCCCAGUCGUGUUACAGUUUAACCCAAAACAAAGGGAGGUUACUGGUUGUACAGAAGACUACAGUGGAACUCUCUAGUAUUUUGCCUGAAAUGGGACAGGGAUCAUUAAUACUUGCAGCACAUUGAGUCAAGGUCAGACAUGUGUUUGGACUGCUGAUAUUCCCUGGCGUGUAGAAGGUGAAGGAGACAACUGGACACAGAAAUGAAUAUUGUUUCGAUCAGUAACAAAAUCACAGUUUUGUUAUGUCCACGAAUCUCUAUGUUUGCAGUACAUAUCGCCCUGGAAGUCUAGAACUAUUGUGAUAUUCUUUUUUCAAAUGUUGUUUUCCUCAAAUUAAUUUCCCCUAUAAAAUGACUGUAAACAAAAAAUAUAAAGAGAGGCCUAUGUUUAUAUUCCAGUUGAUUCUUGCAUUUUCUUUAAGCAUAUGUAUAUAUAUAUUUCAGUUAAAUUUUGCCCGUUAUUUAUGUAAUGAUUUUGUGCCAUGUUGAAUUCAUUCCAGCUAGUGUGUAGACUAUGUAUACUCGAAGUAAUUUUAUUUAACUUUAUUUUUAUGGCAAAAGUAAAAUGUUUUUUUGCCCUCUUUACAGAUAUGGUUGUAUGUAAUAAUCAAUUUAAAACAUGUACAUGAUUAAGGGCCUAAAACAAAUGAGAUUCUGUGAAUAUUUUGACUUGAUAUUUGAAGACUUAACCCAAUUUAAGGCCUGAGAGUAAAUAUUGAUAUGGUUUUGAAACAAUAUCUAUGAUUUAACCAAAAUUGAUUAUUUUUUUACAUCAGACACACAUUGUACCUUGCUAAUCAACAUCAAAGCAUGUACUUUUCUUAGGUGUGCGUUUAAGAGUUUCCAUUAUUAAAACCAGUAAAAAAAUUGACUGGUGCGAAUUAAAGGAAAAUAUUUUCUAUUUCUACCAGUAUCUACCAGAAUUCUGGGUUUGGUUUAGUCAAGCACACAUUUGAUUAAUACUGGCCCAAUAUUGGGGUUCAAAAUAGGUUGAUAGGUAUGCAUUAUUUCAUUAGCCCUAUGUGCAUACUGCAGCGUUUCAGUUAAAUUGCAAUCUGUUAAAAUAUAUCCCUAUGGGUAGCCCUUUAUUCGUAUUCUGCUAUCUGGAAAAAAAAUGUUUUUAAUAUAAAUACACUUUCAAUGCAUUUCAGGUGAUUACUAGUCAGUUAAUUUUCAAUAUAUACUUCUUAAUUAUAUUGUUGAUAUUUUAAAAGGAAUCUGAGGAUUUUUUGCAUUUACUGUUUCCAAUGAUGGAUACAAAUAUUUUUUUAUUGUGAUAUUUUUCUUCCGUGGUUAGAGAGAUGAAACAUAUAUUUUCAUUUUUCUGGUAGUAACAGCUACAUGUACCAGGCAUCAUGAUAUAUGUUUGUACAGAACUACCAUUAAUGUUCCAAAGAUGCAUUUCAAUCUUUUUAUGAAUUUACAACUGUAUAAUCAUAGUAAGAAAUGCAUCAAUUUAGAAAUUGAUAUUUUUAGAUAGAUAUUGGAGUGGAUUUCAUUCAUAAUUUUGUCGUCCAAGAGGAAAAUCUCACAACAGUUGUCACAAUAUAUGUUACAUGUAAUGUCUCACGUGUAUAUAUUUUCGUAGUAGAAUUUACGGUUUUAUUGUCAUGGUUACAAGCAAAAUGUGAUGUUCCAAUUAAAUAAGGUUUAUGAUUAUGUGUGAAAAAAAACAUACUCCUCACUUUUAAUAAAACAUAACAAAAAGUUUUGUCUUUCUUGCGAGUCAAAAGCCUGUUGAUGCCGGACUCAUAAAAGUGCUGUCUUUCGUGUGGGUCCAAAGCCUGUCGAUGCCGGACUGUUUUCGAAAGAAAAUAACUUGAGGUGGUUUUCAUGUCAGUCCAAAGUGUUGAUGUGUGACUGUUUCCGAUAGAACGUCAUACAUGUAGCUGUUUGUUUUAGUGGUUUAACAUCCCUUUCACUACAGAGAAGUUCGGUUAUCCAGGAGACGAAAACAUGAUAACUAAAAAUGUGGUAUUUCAUGUCGGUCCAAAGUCUGUUAAUGUCGGACUAUUUCCGUUUGUUUAUUUGAGUGGUUAUCAUGACGACUUAACUUGUAACCAAGUAAUUUGGACAUCCAGCAGAUGAAAAAUUAAAAACUAAAAGUAUGGUCUUUUGUAUUAGUCCAAAGUCUGUCAAUGUCAGACUGUUUCUGAUAGAACAUAACAACAAAGAAUAUGGUUUUUGUAUCAGUCCAAAGUCUGUCAGUGUCAGACUGUUUCUGAUAGAACAUAAUCACAAAAGGUGUGGUUCUUGUAUUAGUCCAUAUUCUGUCAAUGUCAGACUGUUUCUGAUAGAACAUUACAACAAAGAAUAUGGUUUUUGUAUCAGUCCAAAGUUUGUCAAUGUCAGACUGUUUCUGAUAGAACAUAAGAACAAAAGGUGUGUUUUUUGUAUCAGUCCAAAGUCUGUCAAUGUCAGGCUGUUUCUGAUAGAACAUAAUAACAAAAGGAGUUUUUUGUAUCAGUCCAAAGUCUGUCAAUGUCAGACUGUUACUGAUAGAACAUAAUAACAAAAGGUGUGUUUUUGUAUCAGUCCAAAGUCUGUCAAUGUCAAACUGUUUCUGAUAGAACAUAAUAACAAAAGGUGUGGUUUUUGUAUCAGUCCAAAGUCUGUCAAUGUCAGGCUGUUUCUGAUAGAACAUAAUAACAAAAGGAGUUUUUUGUAUCAGUCCAAAGUCUGUCAAUGUCAGGCUGUUUCUGAUAGAACAUAAUAACAAAAGGAGUUUUUUGUAUCAGUCCAAAGUCUGUCAAUGUCAGACUUUUUCUGAUAGAACAUAAUAACAAAAGGUGUGAUUUUUGUAUCAAUCCAAAGUCCAUUGAUGCCGUCCUAGUCUUGUUGUCACCCUGGUAACCCUGUGUGUAUAUAUACAUGUAUAUGUGUUUAAUAUCUUUGCCAUUUACAUAGAAAUUCU